AAAAAAACUCAAAUAGAUCAGAGAAGCGGUGGAUUCCUUCUCGCCAGUGAUAGGUGUUGGUUGAAAUUGGACAAAGGAUGUCAUUCCCCUUUUUGUCCUUUUCAUUGUACCAUUAAAUCAACACUGCAAUCGUCGAAUGAACAUAACACUGUUCAUUCUAUUUGCUGUUUCAAAUGAACAAAGGAAAAUCAGAUUCUGUCUCCAUCUUCAGUUCCCUUCCUGAAGAUGUUGUCCUCAAAAUUGCUUCGCUGCUUCAGGUGCGGGAUUUGUGUGCCUUAGGUUGUUGUUCGAGGUUCUGGAGGGAACUCUGCUUCUCGGAUUGCAUUUGGGAGUCUCUUGUCAGAAACAGAUGGCCCUUACUCUCUUCCUUCCAUUUCCCUUCCUCUUCUACUCUCACUCAUUCUCCCAAUUUCAAGAAGUGGAGGAAAUUGUACUUGGAUAGGCACGUGGAAUUGGGAGUGAGAGCAAGGUCUGUUGUGAAGUUUGUGGAAGCUUGCUCACCUUCUGAAUCAGUUGAGGUUGGGGACCAUCUGAAAGCUGUUGACACCCUGAUUGGUACGAGCUUUGGGUUUGAAGACGUGCAAAGGUUCUUGUUCGACCCUCAAAUGAAUGUGCUGAUUAACUUGGUUGGGGUACACUAUUGCCUCACAACCCUUGGGAUUCGGGGUGAUAAUCUUGUAGAAACUCUUCGGACUCAUGAGAUCUCAGAUCGGCGUGUCUGUGUCAAGUGGUGGAAAGUUGGUAGAUGGUUCUAUGGCUUCCGUAUGAGGGAUGAAACACAUUCUCGGUGGGUUUCUUUGGCAGAUUUGGCAGCAGAAGAUGAUGAACAUGUUUUGGGAGUGCUUCGCCGAGGUACUAUUCAUGAGGUUUUACGUGUUCAAAUCUCUGUGAUUGGUCGUAAAUCAGCACAUUGGUCCCACAGAUUGGAAUAGAAAGUUAUAGGGAGAUCACAUAAGGCAGUGAUAGCUAUCAGUAAUUCAGUUUCAUUGUGUAUAGUUUGUUUUCAAACUCUGUUGUCGUAAUACAUACAAAGAAUGUCAUCAAAGAUAAUACAAUAACAAGUUCAUAAUGCUUAUUGGCAUAUUUGAACUUCCAAUCUUGUUGUAUAUAACUAUGAAUUCACAAACUUGAUUUAUGGCAGCACCUUAUAAAAUAAAUAAAUAAAAAAGGCUUGAAGGUUUGUUUA